ACUGGGUGACAUGGCCCUAGAGCAGAUGUGCAUGUCCCGCAUGUCCUUAACGCAGGCCUGGCUGCAUUAAUCUAAACACAAUUAUGGUCUCCUCAUCAGGAAAUGCUCAAGGCUGGAGUGUCCACAUCCGUGUGUGUGUGUGUCUGUGUGUGUGUGUGUGUGUGUGUGGCCUCAGCAGGAAAUGCCUCAUCACAGCAGCUCCUAUCCGCCUUUUGGAACAGCGUGAUCUCACUGGCUCUCAGCCUCUGCUCCAUUCAGUCCCAGCCUGGUACAUUGGACCAUGCAGAGCUCCUGCAGCCCCAUCCUCUUCCUAGUCUACUGCCUCCUGGCUGGCUGCCUGGCACCGACUUUCUACGAUGAUGAUACUAACAACACGGGUGAAAAUGAAGAUGGCCCCACCAAUAACACUUCAGUAUUUUACAGUGGAAUGGGCUUACCUGGGGAGUUGUUCAACCUUAAUAACACUAUCUACCUGUAUCUGGACAAUGAGCUCCGGAAGCUCCUGUUUAGCUGGGUCUCCACAAGCUUGGUACCUUCCCUCUACACUCUUGUCUUCUUGGUGGGCUUGCCAGCCAAUGGCUUAGCCUUGUGGGUGCUGGCUACCAAGAUCCAGAGGCUGCCUUCCACCAUUUUUCUGAUGAACCUCGCUGUGGCUGACCUGCUCCUGGUUCUAGUCCUCCCCUUCAAGAUCUCCUACUAUUUUCUGGGCCACAACUGGAUUUUUGAGGAGGGCCUUUGCCGCCUGGUGACUGCUUUCUUCUAUGGAAAUAUGUACUGUUCCAUGUUACUCCUUGCCUGCAUCAGUCUGGACAGGUACUUGGCCAUCGUCCAGCCCUUCUUCUCCCGCUCUGUGCGCAGCCCAGCCUUUGCCAGCUGCCUCUGUGUCGUGGCGUGGCUUGGGGCGGCCUCCCUCACCCUGCCCCUGACUGUCUAUAGGCAGUCCUACCCCCUGCACGGCAGCUCUGGGCUCAUCGUGUGCCACGACGUGCUUCCUGAAGAUGAGCAGAAUGGCCAUUUCCUGAACAUCUUCGUCUGCUUGGUUGUGCUGGGCUUCCUCCUCCCACUGCUGGUCAUUCUCUUUUGCUACAGCUCUGUCAUCUGCGCCCUGGCAGCCAGUGGGGAGAAGUACAGCCAUGCCAUCAAGCUCACAGUGCUGGUGCUGGCCUCGGUGGUUGUACUCUUCACCCCCAGCAACUUUCUCCUGCUCAUCCACUAUUCGGAUCCCAAGGCCAACGGCUUUGGAAAACUCUACCUCUGGUAUGUCCUCAGCUUGGCCAUCAGCACCCUCAACAGCUGUGUGGACCCGUUCAUCUAUUACUAUGUGUCUGAGGAGUUCAGGGACAAAAUCAAAGGAAAGCUUUGUCACCAGCACAGGAGCAGGCUCGCAGUCCAGAAAACUUCCAAGGAAGAUGUCCCUGGGCUGGGUACCCGCUCUACAUCUCUCCUUUAGAGAUUCAUGGGCUCUGGCACCGAAUCUGGCCUACAGGUGGCUCUAGGACAGACGGGCCUGUUCUGUGUCAGCUCCAGAGGAAUCUCUGGUAUAUUCUGGUAACCCCCCUUUGUCACUGGCCCAAAGGUGCCCUGUAAUUGCCACCCUCAUCCUUGUCUCACCAAACUGGAGAGAUGAGAGGGGUUAGGCAUGGGGGCAUCAGCCGCCUGCCUCCCUGCUUCCAUUUUCAAUAGGACUUUUCACAAUCCUUGAAGCUCCAACCCCACUUCCAAGGAAGGCGAGUACUUUCUUUCCUGUUGGAUAAAUACUGAUGGCACUGAGGGUGUCUGUCCUGGAGAAGCGAAAACUCAGUGGGGACAGCAUGGGGGAGUGGGGAGCACAUAACAGACACUAUCUGCCUUCUAGUGAGUGAAGGAAAGAGAUCAGAAUAUUCUGUUUGGCCAAAGAAGGAAGAAACAGGACCAAGACUGGGAGAGUAGGGGUAACUAGGUGGCUCAGAGGAUAGAGAGUGCUAGACAUAGAGACAGGAGGUCCUGGGUUCAAAUCUGGCCUCUGGCACUUCCCAGCUGUGUGACUCUGGGCAAAUCACUUAGCCCCAAUUGCCUAGCCCUUAAUGCUCCUCUGCCUUGGAAGGAUUGUCAGAGCAGUUUCAGCUUUUGCUGCUACUAAGCCACCCCACUCUUUUGCUUUGCAACCCACGCACAGUAUUGAUUCGGAGAUGGAAGGUGAGGGUUAAAAAAAACAACAGAGUGAUGGAGGGACUAGUAUACACAUUUUGACCAAUAUGAGAAAAAUGUUCUAACAAUAGAGCCACAAAAAAGGAGAAUGGGCUGCCCAGGGGGAGGUGAAUUCCUAGAGGUAUUGAAGGAAAUGCUGGACAAUGACUUGGCAUGUUCUGUAGUUCUGUUAUGCCACACUUCAGGAAAGGAUUUGGAAGUCACGGAAGACCCUUCCAACUCCAACAUCCCAUGCCUGGUUUUAUUGGGAUCUGUCCUUGCCGGCUGAACUUUCAAGAUCCCAGAUCCCUCCCUCCUCAGUUGAAGUAGGUGUGGCCCCUGAGAGAGGAAAGGGGCCUCAAGGGUGAGGCCUGGCACCCAAAACAUGCAGCUGGGACAAGUUGGUGUCUUCUUCAGCAGCCACCUGGGCCAUGCUGGCUGGGUUUAUUCUGCCCCAUCAGUUGUUCCGUGUUCCCCCAGUAAACAUGAUGGUGACUAUAGGAUAGGCUCUGCUCAAUGGAGAACUGACUUGAGACCCAGGUGGAUUCUAAUCAGGUUCUCUUUGAUGGGACCCAGCAAAUGAAGGUUCAUGACAAGCUGGCUGCCUUGCUCUAACAUGAGAUCUCUGUGCUAGUUGGCACCAUUGUAUUUCCUCAUCUAAAAGUUAUAACUGAUUUUGGAACCCAAAAUGUGGAAUCUGGGAGGCACCCAAUGACUAAUAAGAUGAAAGGUAAGAGCAGCAGAGUUGGGAGGGCCCUUCAAACAUACAAUAUCAGAGCAGGGAGGACUUAGGACAUGAGAUGUCAGAGCCAGGAAGGCUCUUGGGACACAGAAAGUCAGAGCUGGGAGGAACCUGAGAAUACAGAAGAUCAUGACUAGGAGGACCCUUAGAAUAGAGAAUGUCAGAGCUGGGGAGGGUCCUUAGAACACAGGAUGUCAGAACUGGGAAGGCUUUUAGGACACAGAAAAUCAGAGUUGGGGGGACUCUUAGAAUACAGGUCAUGGCUGGGAAGACCAUUGGAGCACAGAAUAUCAGGGUGAGGAGUGACCUUAGGACACAGACUGUUGGAAUUGCAACAGUCUUUAAAGAUCAGCUAAUCUAACUACCUUUACUUUAGUAUAUAUGGGAUGCAAGAGAAGCCCGAGAGGGCUCAUGGGAUCAAAGAUUGGGAUCUAGAAGGGCCCUUGGAGGUCAUUAAAUUCAUUUUACAGAUAAGGAAACUGAGGCUGAGAAGUUUAAUGACUUGCUCAGAAUCUCACAGCUAUUGAGUAUUUGAGGCAGGAUACAAACUCAGGUUUUCCCCAAGUCCAUGUCCAGCUAUCUGAUGCCUCUCAUUUAUACCAACUCCCUCAAUAGACAAAAGAAGAAAAGGAAACUGAGGGUUGUGACAAGGAAAUCACUUUAAAAGACUGAUAUAUAUUAAUUUAAGGUCGCCAAGGAAUUCAGCUAUGUAAUUCCUAAAUGAAACUCAAGUCAGCAGUCAACCUUUUAUGGAGUUUUUAAUUACAAACAGGAGGAAGAAAGGUAUUAGAGAGAGACAGAGACAGAGAGACAGAGACAGAGAGAGAAAGAGAGAGAGAGAGAGAGAGAGAGAGAGAGAGAGAGAGAGAGAGAGAGAGAGAGAGAGAGAGAGAGAGAGAGAGAGAUAAAGGGGAGAGAAGGGAAUAGGGCUUAAAUACCCCCUCUGUUUAGGCUGGGCCAAAAGGCCCAAGCCCUUAGAUAGCUGAGGCAAAGAAAAGAGAUCAGUCCCUCUCACUCACGUGACCAAAAUGGAGAAACAGUCUCAGGGGCCUCCACCUCCAGCUUCCUUCAGAACAAGCUUCUCAGAGCACAACCUCUCAGAGCAAAACCUCUCCAAUCUCCUCUCAGUCCUCAGACCCUGCUAUCCUUAAGGAAACCAUCCAAGUUCACUCCCCUUAGUUCUCACAUCUACCAAUCACUGUCCAUGUCUUCCCUGUGCCAAUGGUGGCUCUAGCUUAACCCAGGACCGCCCAGAAGUCUCUCAAAUAAUUAAAUCUUGAUCCUUUGCUGCAGCCCUUCCUAAAUGCUGUUACCCUGAGCAGGGUGGAGAUUGGAAGUUCCAAGACCUGGUUCUGUCAUUCCAAGUAUCUUUAUUGUAUCAAUUCUAAAAUCAAUCAUGACUCAAAGAACUUCCUGUUCUAUGCUUAAGCAUAGGUCAAAGCCCUUUCCAUUGUUCAGCAGAAGGUUUCUGUCCUAAAGUAAUCUUAAGUAGGGAGGAGAAGGAACCUCCCAUGCCAAUGAGGUUCACAUUCCAAUAGAGUUCCCACUAUCAGUAGGAAAUUCUUCAAGUAUGAAAUUUCCCAAUGGUGAAAUUUCCAACAUUUAUAAGUCUAAGAAAUUUUAAGGUUUACAAUCCCCCCUGAUGAUCAUUGGGAGAUUAGUCUCCCCAUUGAUCAUUUAACAUAAUCAAUUUGUAGUUCUAAAUGCACUUCUAACUAUAGAUAUACACAAUAUUCAAUUUUCUAAGAGAAAUUAGAAUAGUGAGAGAGGAAAUAGAAAAGAAAAGAAAGCAAAACCAAUGUUUUGCUAGGCACAUUGACAGAAAGCCAAAUUAGGGGCAGUCCCUUUUGGCAUAAAUGUGUACAAUUACAAUAAAUGUUCAAUCAAAAGUUCAGUCCAAUCAAUCAUAUCCAAAGUUCAUUCUUGAUCUUCUUGAUGAAGUGUAGGUUUUCGGCAUCUUUCUGCAACAGUUUAUUCUCUGGAUAUAAAAAUUUCAAGCUUCUUUCUUGAAGAUCUUUUCUCGAACAGAAUCAAAAUCUUUGAUUUUUAUAACAGUAAAAUUUUAUACAAAAUUCAAAAUUCUUGGAUUUUUAUAAAAAUACAAUCUCAAAAAAAAUUCAAAAAUAAAAAAAAUUCUUAGAUUUUAAAUUAAAAUACAAUCCCCCCUGAAGUAAGUAUUAAAAAAAAAUCAAGUUUAGCUCAGAAUGCAAUGUUCAGUUAUGGGGGUGUAUGUGUCAAUUAUCAAAAGAAUAGAAAAUAAUCAAAAACAUAAGAAAAAAUUCAAAAUAGGCCUUGUAUAGGUCCAGUUUAAAGUAAUUUCUAUCCCACAAGUAUGUAGGACAGAAUGCAGUCAUGUUUCACUUAGCCAUUUGUAGCCAAGACUACAGGAAGUUGCCAUAAUAUAAGAAGAAAAGAAUUAGAAUUCUAUUUUGAUGGGGAAAUGUCAUUCCCUCAUCUGAUUUUUUUUGUCAUUCUCAGGGAUAUAGGGAGCCAGCAUGAUAGUCAAGCUUUAUACUUGUUUGAGUACUUCGUAAAGAGUGUAGAUACAAGGAAGUCCUACAACUUAAACAUAAGUUAAGCGUCACAACCUCGAGUCUCACUUUAAUAUUUCUUGUGUGCUCUGUUGGCACUAUUCAGGUUUAGUCUGUGCUCCUUGUUUUUAUCCCUUUUCCUGGAAUCAGACACAAACAUUAAUCACAGUCCUAUAAUAUUUUAUCAAUAAAUGGCAGGUUCCCAUAGUUUAAAGCUUUUAGGUAUAUAUUGAUAUUAUAGCAAGAGUAUAUAUAUUAACUUGUAUUACUGCCGGAAAAAAUAAUAUUAAUAUUAAUUAUGUGUACCUUCAGUACAAAAAAUGAGAAAAAAAUCAAAUAUUCUGAUCAAAAAAGAAAAGAAAUAAGAAAAAUAAGAAAAAAAUCAGUAAUUCAAUAUAUUCUUGAAAAAACAGCAUCCAUUUGUCUAUGGAUUAUUAUCUCCAAUUCAUAUGAUAAGAUAGAGUCACAAUGCAUAUGAUAGGAUACAGUCAAUCAGUCUCAGCAGAAGAUGCUUUCUUCACAUGUGAGCAGUGAAUCCAAGAGUCUCUUUCUCCAAUCUUUAUAGAUGUUGGAGUAGUUAAUAAUAUUUGGAAUGGUCCUUCCCAUGAAGGUUGAGUUUCUCCAGUUCGCUUGAAAUUCUUGAUAUAAACUUUAUCUCCUGGGUUCAGGUCAUGCAGAGAAAAGUCUAAUGGUCCGGCUUGUACUGCAGCUCCGGAUUCAUGAAGUUCAUGUAGUUUGUGCUGUAACUCCUGUAUAUAGGAAGCAAUAGUAAUAUCUCCCCCUAAUAGCGAUGUAUAAGCUGGGGAGAAAGGCUUAGCCUGAAUAGGCAGAUGUCCAAAAAGCAUCUCAAAUGGUGAGAUGUGUAAGUCUCCUCUAGGCCUGCUUCUAAGAUAAAAUAGGGCCAGAGGGAAAAUUUCAGGCCAUUUUAAAUGGGUCUCAGUCCAUAAUUUGCCAAUCAUAGUUUUAAGUUCUUUAUUCAUCCUCUCCACUUGGCCUGAGCUCUGGGGGUGAUAUGGAACAUGAAAUUUGGGAGUUAUCUCCAAGCAAGAAUAUAUUUGAUUUAAGACAGAAUCGGUAAAAUGACUCCCUCUAUCGGAGUCAAUACGUGCUGGCAGGCCAAAACGAGGAAUAAUUUCCUUUAAAAGUCUCUUUGCAACAAAAUCUGCUGUGGCUCGGGUCGUAGGAAAUGCUUCCGGCCAUCUAGUUAGUUGAUCUACAAUUACCAGACAAAAUUUAUAACGUCCAGCCUUUGGCAUCAUUAUGAAAUCUGUCUGUAGAUGUUCAAAAGGUGUGUAAGCCAGAGGACGUCCCCCAAAGGCUUUUCCAUGAUAAGCAUGUUGGUUAUAUGCCUGGCAAAUGGAGCAAGCUGAACAUACUUUAGAGGCUAUAUCCUCUCUGGAGCCAUAGCAUCCCGACUGAGUGACAAAUGCCAAAAGCAUAUCUAGAAUUCAUAUAAAUUGUUGCCUUUUUAUCCUUGGCAAUUAUAUAAGCUUGUUUUAGAGCUAUGAGUUCUGCUCCUUGAGCACUAAUGUUAGAAGGUAGUGAAGCUGACCAUUCAGUAGCAAAUUCUGAGACUAUGGUAGCUCCAGUGUAACUUAUGCCAUCCCUCAUAAAAGAAGAACCAUCGGUAAAUAAAAUCAGAUCUGCAUUGUCUAAGGGAGUGUCCAAGAGAUUAUCUCGAGGCUUUUCUGCCAUGGACACUAAUGUUUCACAGUUAUGUAAUGGUUCUCCUGAAGUAGGUAAAUCUGGAAAUAAGGUGGCAGGGUUAAGAGUUGAACAGCAUUUCAAGGUAAUAUUUUCACUAUUUAAUAAGGUUAUUUCAUACCUUGUAAUUCUCUGAUCCGAGAAUGCCUGUGUUCUAUGUUUUAUCAAUAAUGCUUCUAUCUCAUGUGGGCACAUUAUUGUUAAUGGACAUCCCAAUACUAAAUCAAAGUUUUUUGUUACUAGUAAGGCUGUAGCAGCUACUCCUCUAAGGCAUGGUGGUGCUCCUGCUGCUACUGGGUCUAGUUGGGCAGAAUAAUAAGCAAUUGGGCUCUGAGAAGGUCCCAAAGUCUGAGUUAACAUGCCAGAGGCUACUCCUCUUCACUCAUGCACAUAUAAAGUAAAUGGCUUGUUGUAAUCUGGGAUGUCUAGAGCAGGGGCAGACAUGAUAGCCUUUUUUAGAUCUGAUAGAGCUGACAAGUGUUCAGGCUCUAAUUUGAGAGAUUCAGGAACCAAAUCCUUUGUUAAUGCUAUAAGGGGUUUAGUAAUUUCCCCAUAGCAAGGAAUCCAUUGUCUGCAAAACCCUGUUGCUCCUAAAAUUGCUCUCAGCUGUUUCUUAGUGGUAGGAGCACUCAAUUUUUGAAUAUUCUCCAUUCAUUUUGGAGAAAUAUAAUGAGCAUAUAUAACGAGUUUAAGUAAUUUUCACAAGAUCACAUGGGUAAUAAAGUAGAAUUUGAACCCAGCGCCUGGUUACAAAUCCUGGUUACCAAUCUCUUUGCUAUAUCGGUCUUUUCAUCAUUCAGUGGCAAAGUUGGCUCUCGAAUUCAGGUCUCAGACUCUAGCCUGGAGCAGGCUCUCAUUCUGUUUCUCUUUGCCACAGUCCACUGGGGCUCUUCAUGAGGUGUCUUUCUGCUUUUGUACAGUUAAAAUUGGCACUUGAGCUGGGCCAUUCUCAGGACAGAAGGCUACUGGCAAAUGUUGAUAACCUGACUUUGUCAAAAGACUAAGCCAGGACUGGGGCCUCCACAGGCCCUUCACUAAAGAAACCAGGAAGGACCUCAAUCACAUCUAAUCAGACCCUCUUAUCUUACACUGAGGAAAGAAAGGCUUACCUCACCUAUAGAUUAAGUGACCUGUCCAGGGCCACUUAGCCAGGAAAUAGCUAGAUUUAAGCCAAGGUCCUCCAGGUUCUAAAUCCUAUGCUCAAUCCAGUCUGCUAGAUGGCCAUGAGUCCUCCUUCAGGCUUUGACCAGAGUUCUUCUAGAUGAGGAAAUGAGAAUUUUGCAGGUGGAAACAAGCAAACUUACCAUUCAAGGGAUGCGGAGGAUGGGAGGUUGGGGGGAGGAGAGAAGAAGGUAGAGAGGGAAUAGAAGAGUCAGCAUUUGACUGGAGGCUUGUGGAAUGAAGGGAGCAGCACUAGGAAUCUUGCCUAUUCCUGCAAAAUCCUUUCAAUAAUAUCCUGGAAUUUGGAGUUUCUCUGACCUUGGUGACUCGACCUACUCUCUGAAAGAGCCAGUGGGCAAAUGGGAUGAUAAAUGGCCAUUGGAGGACGAGGUUGGAUCCUCAGGGAGGAUCUGUUCUAACAAGAACCUGGGGUUCUCUCACUUCCUGCCUGGCCAGCCCUACUUUAUAUGAUGGUAACGGGACUCCUCCACUCUCUCCCUGCUAGCCCCAUUGCAGAAAGAAUGUCUGUCUUGCUGGGCUAGGCACUUUCCAGCAGCCAGUAAUAAUAGCCCCUAUUUCUAGGGCUCUUUGGGAUCUGCAAAGAACUUUACCUAGAACAGUUCUCUGAGGCAAGAGAGGUAGCAAGGCAGACACGGAGUCUGCAGUCAGAAAACGCAGGUUCUAAUCCUGACUCUGAGAACCAGAGAAUCCACGAGCGGGGGAAGUGCCCUUGGAAGGCAGUUAGUCUGACUCCAAAGAGAGGAAUCCGGCCAACAGCGGAUGCCCAGUCUCAUCCUUUCCUGAUCCCCCUCCAUCCUGCUGCCCUGUCUACAUCUUGUACGCAUAUAGUUUGCAUGUCAUCUCCCCCAUUAGACUGGAAACUCCUUGUGGGCAGGGACUGCUUUGUGCCUUUCUUUGUAUUCCCAGAACUGAGUAGGUGCUUAAUAAAGGUUGGUUAAUGA